AUGUCCUACGCACCUCAGAAUCAAAGCUACUAUGGCAAUGCGCCUCAACCUCAAGGUUACUAUGCUUCUCCUCCACCUCCACAAGGUGGUUACUAUCCUCCUCCUCCACAACAAGGCGGUUACUAUCAACCUGCCCCUCCUCCACAGACAGUGAUUGUUCAACAGCAACCCCAAAGACGUGAUGAUGACUGUUGUACAGCUUGUUUAGCUGGUAUGCUUUGCUGCUGUUUAUUAGAAGAAUGCACUUAA